AUGCCUGUGCUGCGACUGACACUCGCUGUGCUUGGAAUCCUUUGCCUUUUAAAUUUGUUCUCCAACUAUCCGGGUGUCGAUAAAAGUCGUGGAUACAACCCCGAUGAGCGGAGAAUCGGCAAAGUCACCAUGAUCUAUGGAGACAAUAAGUCGAUCUAUGAGCGGGCCUUGAGCACACAUAGAGAGCAUAGUCGCCGAAUGGGGUAUCCUUUAUCUGUCCUGCGAAGACCCAUCCUCGACGGCACAUGGAAUAAAAACGCCAUUCUUCUGUCGCUGCUUCUUCAAGAACUGGAAAAGCCACUGGACCAACGACUCGAGUGGCUAUUUUGGUUCGACAGCGAUACGGUGCUGAUGAACCCAAACAUGCCGCUAGAGACUUUCUUACCACCGUCUGGCACUCUAGACGUGCAUAUGUUGCUAACAUAUGACUGGAAUGGAAUGAACAAUGGGGCUUUUCUCCUGCGAGUGCACCCAUGGUCGGUCGAAUUACUUUCGGCUGCCAUUGCAUACCCUAUUACCAGUCGGGAGCAUCAACCGGAUGGUUUGACGAGCGACCAGACUGUGCUAGGAUAUCUCCUAGACGAGAACAAAUAUUUCUCCCGGUCAGUGGAGUAUUGUCCGAUGCGGUGGUUCAACGCAUACAUGUCGCUUCCCAACGGAGAGAUCAACGCGGACUCGCCGGAGUAUCGCCAGGUUCAUCCCGGUGAUCUCCUCGUUCACUUCCCGGGCACAUCGCGUGAAAGUUUGAGUCGCACCAUGGAGCCCUACCUGGAAAUAGCAGAAGCACAUCGAUCAGAAUGGGAGCUGCGCCUGGAGCAUACUGGCUACGCCAAAGAGACACGGGCUUUCUGGAACAGCGUGCGACCACCAAAGGCAUGA